AUGAUACCCCACCAAAAUGCAAGGAAAGGAGGCAACAACAUUUUUUUAGAAUUUAAACUCACCACAAAAUGCUGUAAACAGAUCCCUCCUUACUCUUGUUUUGGGGGAAUCGAUUUUGAGCCAAAAUCACAACUGAAUCCAUUCCAAAUCUUCUCCUUCAAACUUCACACAUCGUUCUUUAACCUCUCACUCAAUCAAUCUUCAAAACCUCACCUUUCUUCAACCCAACAGAACCACACCUUCUCCUUCCAUUUUCAAGCUUUUAUCUCUUUUCAACCCGUCCCUCAAAACAGCAACAACUAA